AUGGUGAGACUUGGAGUUGGAAAGAGGAUUAUGCAAAGGCCUUUAUGCACCACAAGAUCAAUAGACCAGGAGCUACGCGCUAGACUUAAGUUUUACCAUUUUGCAGAGUCAGCCAGAAUUCCCAUUAUUUGAAAUUUCUAUACAGGCAAUUUGUGCUCAAGAUCUGGAACUGGAAGCACAGUCAUCGAAAUCAGAAAGACCAAAGCCCAGGGACUAUUCGGCCUUGAAGCCUACGCGUGUGCACGACACAGUGAUGGAGUGGGAAAACUCGAAAUAGAAGGGGAAGUCCUUGUGGGCGGUAUAGAAUUGACGUUAAACUAG